UUAUAAACACGUUUUGAAUACAAAAUACAAUUAAUUGUAUUUAAUGUGAAAUUAGAUAUCAAUUUGUGUUUGCAUUUGAAUCGCCGAAAGACACCACUCUUUGCAUGAGAUGUCCAUCACUUGUAGUCGAUGUCAGACUCAGAGACCGGUUCUGAAGCGACCGAAAAAUGGAUCAGCUCUCUGUAAGUCGUGUUUCUAUUACUGCUUUGAGACGGAAGUACACGAAACGAUCACUUGUGGACAACUGUUCAAAAGGGGUGACAAAGUGGCGAUCGGCGCCUCCGGAGGCAAAGACUCGACUGUUUUGGCGUUUGUAAUGAAACUAUUGAACGAACGAUACGAUUACGGAUUGGAUCUGUUUCUGCUGUCCAUCGAUGAGGGCAUCACUGGCUAUAGGGAUGACUCACUCGAGACCGUCAAACGAAAUCAACGCCAAUACGGACUCCCAUUGAAGAUUCUGUCGUACAAAGAGCUGUACGGCUGGACAAUGGAUGCGGUGGUGAAGCAGACGGGUCUCCGCAAUAACUGCACGUUUUGCGGUGUCUUCAGGCGUCAGGCCUUAGAUCGCGGCGCGAAUGCCAUUGAAUGCGAUGUCAUUACUACCGGCCAUAACGCCGACGACAUCGCGGAGACAAUACUUAUGAAUAUACUGAGGGGUGAUAUCGCGCGGCUCAAGAGGGCCACUAAUAUCGUGACCGGUUGUGGUGAUAGUGAGGCCGAGAGCACAAUACCGCGCGUUAAGCCAUUCAAGUAUUGCUAUGAGAAGGAGAUCGUAAUGUAUGCCUACUUCCAGAAGUUGGACUACUUCUCGACCGAAUGCAUAUACGCCCCGAACUCCUACAGAGGCUUUGCCCGCACUUUCCUUAAGGACUUGGAGUCGAUUCGGCCGUCAGUUAUAUUGGAUAUCAUUCACUCCGGAGAAGUGAUGGCAUUGAAAGAUAGCGUCCGACUCCCGCCCCGCGGCGUCUGCACCCGCUGUGGCUUCAUAUCGAGUCAGUCCGUGUGUAAGGCCUGUGUUAUGCUGGAGGGACUCAACACUGGUUUACCCAAACUCGGGAUCGGGAAGAGUAGUAAAGUGGAAGUGAUUCGUAAACCCGUUGUAAAUAAGUCUAAUCGACUAGACUUUUGAUUAUAUACUGUAGUUUAUAGUUAUUUAUUUAACAUUUAUUAGAUUUUAAAUCACUUUAAAGAAACAUUUGUUAUGUUUUUGAUAUCAAUCUGUUUUAUAGUGAGGAAUACUUUUGUAUUUUUGACAAUUAAAUCAUUUUCAUUCAUCGGAUGUUAUGUUUAUGACCGCCAGAUGUGACUCUAUUUUUCUUGAUUGAAUGUUUGUGUGAUAUAAGCGUUUUGUCUAUCGAUCCAAACGAAAUACCAGAC